AUGAUAAAUCCACGUGUCGUCAAAAAAACCUUGAAUGCUGGAAAAGGAAAAAUAUCGGAAUGGAAAGAUGGAACUAAAGCUGUUUUUAAUUAUCAAACAUUGAUGCCAAUUGAUCCGAUUGAUAAAGAAAAAGGAAUGCCUGAGGAUAAGUGGGUUUUUAAUGGGAAAAAUAGGAAUACAGUAGUUUGGUGGAAUUUUUGAAAAGCAGAACAAAAUCUGCGAAAUUUUAGUAUUUGUGUUUAUAAAAUUUAAAAAAUUCAGAAAAAAUUCGGAUCUAUUUGAAAUCUAUUUGAAAAGUCUCUAUUUGAAAUCUCUAUUUGAAAAGUUAACAAUUUUUUCCUGUUUCAAAAAAUAUCUAGAACUUCCCCAUUUUCCAGAAUAUGUUUAUUUUAUAACGUCAAUAAGCUCAUAUUUAUAAUCCUAAAACUUUCGGAUUUUUCUUUUGGAAAAUCAUAGAAAAAAACAAAAAUAAAAAAUGAAAAUUUAUAUAAAAAUCGAAAUACAGUAAUCUAAAUUACAAUUUGGAACAACAAUUUAUUCUUAAACACAGAUAUAAAACGCCCUAACCAAACCUCAGUUGACCUACCCCUUUUUUUUAUUACAACACAUGUUUUAUGUAUAUGUAUAUUUGUUAAUAUUCAGAGAUGCUUACAAAUCAAUCGAUGACACACGAAAAAAAUGGCCAGAUGGUUAUGGAAAACCGCUCGAAUUAAUAUUUGGCAAAAAGUUUCAAUUACCAGUUUUUGAAACAUGUCUUCGUUCAAUGCUUGUCGAUGAAAUAUCACAAUUUGAUGUCGAUUUAAUUGAACUUGUCCAAUAUCCAUUUGUUUCCAAAAAAUUGCGAGAUAUUUCAAAACCAAAAUGUGGCGGACAUGAUCAUGUAUCAACACAUAUGUGUGCAGCAACAAUUGCAAAAGGGUCAGUUCCAGGUGCAUUUUGGCAUAAUUGUCAGAUGAGUGUCUCAUUAAUCGAUUUUUUUCUUCUUCCUUUUCUUAUAUAUUUUUUGAAAGUAAACAAAUUUAGUACUGGCUACGAACAAUUGGACCAUCUGCUCAAAAACCCACGCCCACUUCGUUUCAUUUUUCAUUUAUUGGAAGUGUUCGAACCGGAUCAAUAUGAAGCUGAAUCGUGGCAAUUGAAUGAAAAAGACAAAUUGGAAUCGGUUGAAGUUUUGAGAGUUAAAGGAAAUCAGCAUUUUGUAAAUGUGAGUUUGUUUUAAAUGUUACAUGAAUACUACUCUUCAGAAAAAACUUUAAAAAAUAAUUUUUUCAAACCAAUUUCUCAAUUUCCAAAAAACAACUUUUAAUUCUCCAAUAAUUUUUAGAAAGAAUAUCGCGAAGCCAUCGAUAAUUAUCGAGAUGCUCUAACUCGCCUUGACACUCUAAUUCUUCGCGAAAAACCUGGAGAACCUGAAUGGGAAGUUUUGGACCGAAAAAAUAUUGCGCUUUAUUCGAACAUGUCACAAUGUUAUUUGAAUGUUGGAGAUUUGCAUGAAGCUGAAGAAACAUCGACUGAAGUUUUGAAAAGGUUAGCAUAAUUAAACAACUACAGUAAUCUAUUAAUUUCAGAGAUGAGAAAAAUGAAAAAGCUUUAUAUCGUCGUGCUCGAGCUAGAAUCGCUGCUUGGAAAUUGGAUGAAGCUGAAGAAGAUUUGAAAACAUUACUUCGAUUUCAUCCAGCGGCGGUUGGAAUUGUAUCAAAAGAAAUUAAAAUUCUUGAGGCGAAACGGAUUGAAAAAGAAACUUCAUCAAAGGAUACUUUUACCAAAAUGUUCAAAAAUUAA